GGACGCUCGGCUCUAUCAGAAGAUGGACAGAUGACUGAAUGAGGGGAACAGAGGAGGAGAGAACGUGGUUGAUGGAUUUAAAGGAAAAUGCGAGCACUUUUUCUCUUCACCUGGUAUCUGUGUGUCUGCUGCUUCACUACAGUGUGUUCGUUACAGAUGCAGUGUUAUCAGUGUGAAGAAACGUUGUUGAAUAACGACUGUUCGACUGCAAAAUUCAUCGUAAACUGCACAGCGAACAUUCAGGACGCCUGUCAGAAAGAGGUGAUGGUGGAUACGCAUGGUGUGCUGUACAGGAAGGCGUGUGCAUCCUACACCACAUGUCUGAUCGCCUCUGCCGGAUACCAGCGCUUCUGUUCUCCGGGCCGGCUCGGCUCGGUAUGCAUCAGCUGUUGUAACACACCACUGUGUAACGGGCCCCGUCCACCACAUACACACUCCACUGCGCACACACACUCAUACACACACCCACACCAAACAGUGACCCUGCUUACCCUCCUCACUUUCACUGCACUGACCACGCCCACACCGUGAUGUUCAGAACUCCAGCAUGGACCAGAGUUACAGCACCGCUCAAAGAAGAAUAAAACAUCAGUGAUUCAUGAUUUAUAAUAAAUUACAGUAAAAUGUUUUAAUUUUUUGAUCUUUUGCUUUAAAAAUGUAAAAGUUUUAUUUCUAAAUGUAUAAAGUAUUAUUGUAUGUUGCGUCUGGAACCUUGGCUACAUCUCAAUCCACAUUCUUGUUUCCAAACAAAUUAAAACUGAUAAUGAAA